UCAAACCAGCAAAAUGAAGUUUCUCCUCCUUACAACAUUCGCAGCCAUGUUCUGCUGUGUCAGCGCUGGCAAGACACAGAGGUUGCUGGCAGCCUUGAUGGCUAAUGGUGCAUUGGGGAACGGCGUCAACCCCGCGCUGGUGGCUGCAGGCCUGACCCCGCCCCUCGUGGUCGGUGGCGGGGCAGGUGUGGCUGGGCAGCCUCAGAUGGCGCAGUUUGCUCCUGGAGCUUUUGCUGUACCCAACAUGUACCCCAUGCCUGCGUAUCAGUAUCCAAUGAUGGGAGUCCCUCAGAUGGCACCAAUGGCCCCUAUGGCACCAAUGGCCCCUAUGGCACCAAUGGCACCAAUGGCACCAAUGGCACCAAUGAAUGUUGCUCAGCAGCCAGCAGGGGGAGCAGCAGGGGGGGCCAUGCCACAGCAGCUUGCUCCUCAGCCCGGGCCUCUCACCAGGUUCAGGCGCCAGCUCAUGACACAACAGAAUGCCCUCAAGUCAACCGUGGACACUCAGGCCCCAGUUCCUACUGACGCAACAGCGACAACUGGGUGUGAAGAACAAGGUCGUCAUCAAGGCAAUUAAGAUGAAACAAGAGUGAAUGAUGACGGCAGCCAUGUGCAGCAGAUAAACAUAGAUGUUGACUGUACUUGCAUACUUUAAUAAAUUAGACUUGCAGUUAAAUGUAUUUUGGUCUGAUUAUACACCAACAUUCCCACAAGACACGUUACAAAGUGAAUG